GUAGCCGAAGCCCGGAGUCGGGCCCUCCCUCCGCCCGCGACCGCGCGAGCUGAACCCGACCCAGCAACCAGGCCACCGCUCCUUUCCUCUCCGAUCCGGAUCUCCGCACCCGCUCCGGCGAGCCAUCGCCGCGUCGCCUCCACGCGGCCGACUACUUCCCACAUCUAUCUAUCUGUACCCGGCUUCACCGCCGCCGCGCGCACCAAGGUUGCGUUCACCAUAUUACCUACCUGUUUGCUUAUCUGCUCCCGAGCCCAGCAAACCCUAGUCGCCGCCGCCCAUGGACAUAGAGACCGACGGGCGAUUCGGCAACAAGCGAGUGCACCAUCGCCUCGGCCCGGGCUCCGGCGGUGCUCCGUCAUCUACCAACGGCAAGGUCUGCAACUACUGGCGCGCCGGGCGGUGCAACCGUUUCCCGUGCCCCUUCCUCCACAGCGAGCUCCCCGAGGCUGCGCCGCCCAAGCGCCCCAGUGGACCCGGGGGGAACGUCUGGCGCAACCCCCACACCGGAGGAAGAGGCGGCGGCGGCGGCGGUCACAGUAGAUGGGGGAAGGGCCCCGGAGGCGGCAGCGGGAUUGUGAGCCACAAGCCGCCUGACAGGCCCUGCAAGUUCUUUCUCGCCGGUACCGAAUGCAGCUAUGGCGAGAGGUGCCGCUAUCCGCACAGCUACUGCAUAAGCGAUAGUGUCACGAUGCUUACCCCGCUCAAGGGCCAUGAGAAGGGUGUUACGGGCAUUGCAUUACCCGCGGGGUCAGACAAGCUGUAUUCCGGUAGUAAGGAUGGAACUGUUCGCAUGUGGGAUUGCCAAACUGGCCAGUGUGCCGGUAUCAUCCCUGUUGGUCGUGAGGUUGGGUGCAUGAUCAUUGAAGGUCCAUGGUUAUUUGUUGGAAUGCCUGAUGCAGUGAAGGUUUGGAAUAUGCAAACAGCAGCGGAAAUGAGCCUUACCGGACCAACUGGGCAAGUCUAUGCACUCGCCGUUGCCAGUGAGUUACUCUUUGCUGCAACACAAGACGGGAGGAUUUUAGCAUGGAGAUUUAGUGCUGCAACUAACUGUUUUGAACCAGCUGCUUCUCUUGAUGGCCAUAAGCUUGCUGUUGUUUCAUUGAUAGUAGGAGGCAUGAGGCUUUAUUCUGCUUCGAUGGAUAAAACUAUCAGAGUAUGGGAUUUGGCAACACUGCAGUGCAUACAGACUCUUUCUGAUCAUACCGAUGUUGUUAUGUCUGUGCUGUGCUGGGAUCAAUUUCUAUUAUCUUGCUCUUUGGAUCAAACAAUAAAAGUUUGGGCAGCUACAGAGAGUGGAAACUUAGAAGUAACAUAUACGCACAAAGAAGAUCAGGGUGCACUUGCCCUCAGUGGUAUGCCUGAUGCACAGUCAAAACCUGUGCUAUUGUGUUCAUUAAAUGACAACACUGUCCGCCUAUAUGAUUUGCCAUCGUUCAAUGAUCGAGGCAGACUAUUCUCCAAACAAGAAAUUAGGGCAAUACAAAUGGGUCCUGGUGGUUUAUUUUUUACCGGGGAUGGAACUGGUGAGCUAAAGGUUUGGCAGUGGGUAGAUGGAGCCCAAACCUAAUGAACAUAGUGUUCUAGAUUAGUUUCUCUCAUGUAUUUUAUGAGGGAGUUCUUACAAAUACGCAUAAUGAGUUGAGGUUGUGGUUGGUGGCCCGUUCUUUUUGUAAUAUGCCCCACAUUUGUCGCAAAGGAUAUGAGAUUCAGUCGAUCUGUCUGGCAGUGAAGUGAGGAGCAGAGUCUGUGUUAUGGACUGUAGUUUUGUCCUGGAAUGAAUUUCAAGACAGGGGAAUAAUCGGUUGUAAAAUGUAAGGCACUGGAACCAGCAAGUCUGACGACUGCUUGGAGGUGCUGACAGUUUCGAAAGGAUGUGCUAAUAUAAAGAGGUUUGUUCAGCUGCA